AUGGCGAGGAAUGCUUAUAUGGCGUCAGUGACAUUGCUGGCUGGCGAAGUGGACAUUGAGACGGACUUGGGGGUGGUGCAGGCGCGACUGCUUCCCAGCGAGGUCUUCGGUGAAGGCUCCAUGGGUGCGCAGACGUUGCGCAACGCCUCGGCGCGCGCCUGGUCCAAUGCGUACGUCCAUUGCGCCCGGAUCCACGGCGCCUCCAUCGCCAACGCCCUGAAGAAAUUUCCGCAGGAGACCGAAUGGUUCGAAGACCUGCAAGAGAGUCGACGAGAGACCAAUGCCGAUUUCAUGGCACGCCGCAAUAAAUGGCUGAGCCAGGAGGUGAUUCCUGCGCUGGCCAAAGUGAACCUGUUGAGCAUUCACGACGAGCUCUUUCUGGCCGACAUGGCUGCGCCGUUGAUCGAGAAGCAGUGGGCUGCCGGUGAGGUGAUCGUCCAGAAAGCUGCGGAAACGGAUGCCAUGAUUGUCCUUCUGGAAGGAGAAGCGCGGAUUGAGGCGCAAAAUGGCCGCUGCAUUGACUACUACGACGCUUCGAACGGAAGUGCGGCGUUCGGAGAGAUGGCCAUGCUAGGCCUCAUGCGUACCAAUCCGGCCACGGUGCGUGCAGCCACCGCCUGUCGGACCCUGGCAGUGCGACAAAGUGCGCUCAAGCGGUCCUUGGAUUUGCCGACGCGCACGCCGCAAGAGCGCCAGGAGUUCCAACGAAUCCUGGCCGAGCGGAAAGUCCAGGUUGAAACGGGCAUCCCAAUGACACUUCUCCCCAUCGCGGUGAGCAAGGACGAUCUUUGCGCCAAAGCCAUUGCCCUGCAGGCCGAGUUAAAGCCCUUGAAGCCUGGUGAGUCCUGGACCUUGGAACAAGGUGGCUGUUUUUGCGUGGUCACUGAAGGACGUGCCAUUCUGGAACUGGCAUCGGAGAAUGAGCGUCUCAGGCGUUUGGGGGGAGAUGAAACCCCAGCGGUGCCGGUAAUGCCAUUGGCACAGGGCAGCUUGGUGUUGGAGGACUUAGCUGCUGAGCUGGGCUGCCGCGUGCGAGCGCUCACGCACCUCAAGGUUCAUCGUGUGCGCUACCUGGAUUUCAACGUGGCCACCACCUUGGAGUCCUGUUCGCAGGUUUGGCUGGCGCGAUUCCGCUUACUGGAGUCCAACACGCAGAAGCAUUUGGAACAGCGAGGCUACCAGGGUGCAGGCGGGAACUUCCAAAACUUGACCCUGUUUGAUUCCAUGCAUGUUUGUGGUCGACUUAGCUACAGGAAGUAUGGGAACAGCUCGGGCACUGUGAGUCCGACAACCCGUUGGCUUCCGUUGGCUUUCGAUUACAUCGUGACAAUGGAAAAGGAAGACAUUUUGGACAUCGAGUGUGUCCCCCAUUACUUGAGGUUUCGUGUGCCACGUUCACGGCGGGAGGAAAAACAUAAAACCCGGUAUGAUGAUCAUGUGGACUUUUACUUUUCGAUGGAUGGUCAUGAGCUUCACCGAAUCACUCCGAUUUUCACAGAGCUGCUGCUCUAUCCAAAUUCGGACGCCAACUCUUGCGCUAAAACUUUGGGCACGGCCUAUGACUGGAAGAUGAAUGUCACAAAGUCCAUCAACUUUUCCCAUUGGGUCAGCUACUCCAGUCCAGCAUUGGCACCGCUUCCAGAGAUCUUCCCAGAGGUUGAUCUUGGCUAUGAGCGAGGCGAGGUUUUCCAUUUGGACAAGGAUAUGUUGCAUUUGACUGUAAGGGAGGCCACCAUUUUCUCAAAAAGACAUGGACCUCAGAAGAGCACGUUGGUGAAGUGGUUGGUGAAGGUUGAUCCGAAUUUCUACGGCUCUACCAGCGGCUUGAACAGCUUUGCGGUGGACUUCAAACUGGAAGUGAAUUCUGAAGGCUUUCCAAGAGAUGCGGAUGAAGUCAGGGUCAAGUUGGGACUCGAAUUUCAUACAAGGUUGCCGAUUACGUUGUUGUUCAAUUUGACGCUUCCUGUGAACACCGCGGGAAUGCAAGAUGAUUCCAAAUUCAGUAGUUCGGUAACAAUUGCGUUGGUGUUGAUUUUAAUCUUCCUGGUUGCCAGCCUGGGCUACUUUAACUGGAAACAAAGGAGGACAAUGCAGAGUGUUCAGCCCCGGGUUGGCUUGAGCGAGAAUGCCAUGUCAGUUGAGAUGCGAGAAGCUGAUUGUGGUGCUGCCCGUGGUGUGGUAGACGCAUUGCAAGAGCACGUCUUCAACGAGGAUCUCAUGCACUACGGAGAACGUCGACAAAAGGCGAUCACCGUGAAUCGGAAGUUGAAGUUGAUGCAAGGGACGCUGAUGCACGACUUCUCCACCGUUUGUCCGCACAAGCUGGGUCGCAUGCCACAUCCCAUUGUCAACGUCCCCCCGAAGUCCUGGAAGUCGCCCGCCAUUCCGAAACAAAGCUCUGCGCCGGCGGGUCUCCUCACAGCAUUGGAGCGAAGCAAACUGAAGGCGAUACAGAAAUGGCCCAGUUCUUAUAGCCAGUUGUCAGCCACCUUUCCGAAGGUCAGUGGUGAACACGUCGCCCAGGAGCUUUGGCGCGCCAAGGGCAACAAGGAAGCAGCCAAGAACGCCCUCCACCUAGGAAAGUCCAGUCGUUCGGCAACCCGUGCAUUUCCGGCUGGUCAAGAGGACAGCAACGACCCCCAAAGGGCGGUGCGACUGCCUGAUCUGGCAACUCAACGAAGUUGA